AUGGCAUAUGAUAGAUAUGUUUGCAUUUGUAAGCCUUUACAUUACAAUGCCAUAAUGACUAAAAGGAAAGUACAAACUGUCAUACUUGUUAUCUGGAUAGUUUCUUUGAUCAGUCAGAGAUUUAAGUCAGUUCCAUAUCCUCUCUGUGUUGUCUUGUCUAUGUAUGUAGUGAUCAUUCAGCCUCUUCUAAAUCCACUCAUGUAUGGUCUUAAACUGUCAAAAAUAAGACAGGCUUGUAAAGAUUUGUUGACAUUAAAAACAUCCUAA